CCUGCGUGGCUUGUGGUUUUUCUAGCAGUCCUAUAUGUAGACAAGAGUGUUCCUACAAACGUUGCCAAUCAAUAUCCCGAAUUUAAACUCAUUAUUGCUUGUUAUACAAUAUUCAGGAUGCGCAAUUUCCUAGUUUCACGUGAGUAGUUGAUCUGCAGUCGAAGAGCAAGCUCCGGGUCCAGACUCCUGUUGCCCCGUAAAGACAAAAUUUCCAGGAGAGGAGGUUUCGAGAGUCAAAGCACCUUUCGUCAUGGCAUACCGCUUCCCUCCUUUUGGAAUGAUGCCAGCAGCCACAGUGUUGAAAUACUGGCACCACCCCCCAGUUACCAGCAUAGCAACUGGAAACUCCAAAUGGUGAUUUAAAUCCUUUCUGGUGCAGGCAGCAAAAAACUACUCUGUUUCAGAACAGGCCCAUGCAGAUCAAGUGGCUGGUACGCUCCAGAUAAUCGGUAACUUUUCUAGAACAUCAGGUGCUUCUCAAGAUGACAGAUCUGGUGGUUUUCCACUGUCCUAGCUGUGAAAUGAGGUUCCGUUCCAGGCAGCUGCUAGAGAAGCAUAUGGAAAAAUUUUGCAUUGGAAGAGAAAUUGUAAAUGAUGCCAGAGACCGAAAGAGACAAGGGAAAGAGCCGAAGCAAAAAGACACACCAAACAGCACGUAUCUUCAGCUACAAGAGCCAAAAGCCAAGACGCACCACUUUAUGCACUGGGAAAAUGAGGCACAUGAGCAACAAGCACAUCACCUUAGAAGCUUUCACCAUACAGGAAAUGCUUCAGACAGUCAGGCUUUGAAGAAAUUGACUGAAGAGUUCCACAAACUGAGAAUGUCCUUGGAGGACACGCUUCCUACAUUCAAGACUUUCCAGGCAGAGGAUAAGAACAGACACCAAAUGCUCCAUCAGCAGGAAUUCUGGCAGCGCCAGCAGCAAAUGGCAGAAGCACAUGAACAUCAGUUGGCUGAUAUCCAAGCCAGGAACCAAUAUCUGGAACAGCAGAAGGAUGAGAUCCAUAGACGUUUGUCUGAGAUGAAAUUAGGGAAUUCAGACACAUCUCACAUUGAGCAGCUGCUGGUGGAGCUGAAAACCCAGGAAGGGGAAAACCUGCUUGCUUUAGAUGCCUUGCGAGAACAGAUUGGACUUCUGCAGGCAGCAGCAGAGAGCAGAAGCAAACCAGAAGCGCUCACAAAUAAAAAGAGAAGCAGUGCUACAGACAAAAUGGGAAAGAAAGUCUCCCUCAAGCUUUUACCAUUCCCUGCAGCUGUUGGACCUCUCUCUUCGGAGAUACAGGCUCUGUAUAUGGCUUAUGUGCAGAGUGGAAACAAUGAUCACAGCAUCCUCAAUCAGAUAUAUGAGUUGCAGGCAGAGGCCAUAGCACUGGAGAAGGCUGGAGCAAGGCCUGAGCACAAGGGCAGAAAGAAGAAACAUGAAGGUAGCUCAAACACUUACCCAUGGGGUUUGGAUGCUGAACUUCUGGCUGUUGAGCUGGAGAAUCAGCGGCUGGAGGAUGAGAUAUUCAAGUUGAAGAUCCUAAGGGACAGAAGGAGAAUGGAGGAUGGAUGUUUGAAUAAGGAGCUGGCUGAGCUCCAGCAAGUACAUAUGGCAGAGAUGGCUCAGCUGCAUGCUGAGAUUGGCAUGCUGAGAUAUGACACAGAGAGGAUGAAGCCACGGAGGUCCAAAAGGUCAUCGCCCCUUCUACCCCCUGCUAUAGCUCCACCCUUGCCACUUCCACCCCCUCAGCAUCUUCCAGGGCUUCCUGACCCCACUUUCCCAACUGGCAACGUGAACCCUGUUGGAUCAUCAGCUACAGUAGUGAGCCAGUACUUCCUGGAUCCCUCUGAUGCCCUGGGACCAGCUCCGUAUGAUCCAGCGUCGGGUUUUGUGGUAUUCUAUGACUUCAUUUUGGGUCUGGAUCCCACGUUCUACCAGGUUUGCCUGGUUUCUGGACUGUACCGUAAUGGGCAAGAAUUGGGCAAAUCCACCCCAUUGCCUGUUGUCUUUUCUGACAUGGGGCAGUCCCCAGAUCGUGUGAAGGGUGGACAGAGAGGGAGCUGUGCCAUCUUAGCAGCCAGACAGCCAGUCCCAAGAGUCCUCCCUUCAUCUUCAAUUGCCCUUGUAACUGAGCUUCAAGCUUCCGGAGGCUUUGAUGCUUAUGGGCAGGAGAUCCAGCAUCUGGUGCCCAGGGGGUGGGCCAAAAUCCACCUCUUUGACCAUCUGCAUCAAGUGUUGAGUGGGCACUGGAAGGUCCCCAUCCGAGCGCUUCCAAUGAAGCCAGGUCUAACUGCAGAACAGUUGAAUGGUGUGCCCCAGGCUGGCAAAGCAGAGCUUUACUUGCGACUUGUGAAUGCAAGAGAUGCUGAUAUGCAGUCAAUGGCUGAGAUCCAUCCUGGCAAUGCCCCUCUGUACAAAUACCCUCCCAUAGUAACCAAUGGCACAGUACCUUCUGCAGGCUUCCCUCCAGCCCUGAAUUCUUUCCACCCUGUCCCCACCAGCCUGUCCUUUUCUGUCCCCCCUUACACUGGCUUUGUUGAUCCCCCUCCUGCUCAGGAGCAGCCUUUCCAACACAAAAUUAAGCAAAGAGCAGCUGAACCAGCAUUCCAGAGGCCACAACCACAGCAGGAGAACACCAGGAAGGAGAAAGAAGGAAGUCUGUUGGGGUUUAUCCUUGAUAGAGUUAAAGGUGCCCCCCUGGGAGAUGGGGCUAUCCGGCUGACAGGCUACAACCAGAAAACUGGACAGGUGAUUGGCACCAGAGAUUCAGGACUGAACUACUGCACUGAUCCUGUCAGAUCCAACAUCAAGCAUGGCUAUUUUGUAUUUGGAGAACAGGAGGUGACCUUCUGGGAUGUUGUGCUGCAGGAAAACAUGGUCCUUGUUGCUCGCUUCUAUCACUGGCCCAGUGGCAGAACAGCACACGCACCCUGGGAUGAAGGAUUCAAGCCUCAGCAUCAGCUAGUACUACGGAGUGAGGAAUGGCUGGCUGCCUGGGCUGUUCUCCAGCUGACCAAGUCAUUUGAAUCCUCUAAAGUGAUGCUUGCAGGUGCAAUGAAGAAAGGCAAGUCUGAAAUGCUUAACUGGAACACAGGGACCCACACACUGACUCUGUUUCAUGGCCCUAUUCCUCCUGUAGCAAUUUUCUCAGCUAUGUCAGCAGCACAGCAAAAGCAACAAGCCCUCAAGAUGUAUGGUGAUGCCACUUUGAGGCUGCACAUCUUUACCAAUCAGAAACCAGACCUACCUUUCCCACCGGAGUCACCAGCCAUACUUGAGCCUGCAAGGACCUGGUCCCAUGCAGCUUUUAUUCAUCGUGUCAGGGAGACCCCUCCUUUGGAACCCUUCUGUGAUGGAGAUGGCUUUGACCUGUAUAUUGAUGGAGCUCGCUUCCUGCCAGAUGAUGUCACUGUUACCAGGGUUGCCGGUCGUAUCUUCACAAGCAGUUUCAGCCAAAUUGGGCCAGACAUAUCCACUGGAAUUGACUUGAACAGCAGCAUUUUUGAUCCACUUUACAACUACUCCAUCGAAAUCCGAGAGCUGCUUAUGCCACCUUGUGCGACUCUCCUUUUGAAGCUUUAUUCUAUUGAUAGUUUAAGUUCUAAUCUCAUCCUGAUUGGCUGGGCAGCUCUCAAUCUUUUUGUGGAAUCUGGAACACACACAGCCCCCGAACCUGGGGCUAGGGGGAUCCAGGUCUCUCUCAAUGAUGGUGCUCACCAGCUCCGCAUUUAUCACAACAGCCCGUGUCCAGAUCAACCCUUCUCUGUCAGUUCUUUGACUGCAUCAGGACGGUAUGUGCCCUGCGCAACCCUGCUGGUGAGGCUUCUCAAGGCUCCUGAGAAUUCCAGCCAUCAAACCUUGCAAAGGAACACAGUCCCCCAGACAAGCUGGGCCACACUGGGCCUCUUCCAGACCCGGCCUGAUUACUCUGAUGGGGUCUAUUAUUCAGAUUCAGCCAAACCUUCUGCAGGAGAAAGUUGCUUCUAUGAUGCCAUGACAAACAGGUCUAUUGUCUCUGUCCGGGAAAUUGUUCAUCAACUUACUGGAAAUAACAGCCUAACCACAGAUAGUGAGAUCUCCAGCUGGAUUCGCCAGAAACUAACCCGGCUACCUGGCAAUAUACCCCAGACUUUCAACCUCACCUAUGUUUCCAGAUACAUCACAACCUAUGGUGUCAAGUUUGCCCUGGACCGAGCCAUGAAUUUGCCCUGGACUGGCUUGACAAUGGCCCACUUCUGCUUCAGUCCACCUGCAGCUUAUUACUUUGGAAGCCAAUGGAUGAAAUAUGAUUACCCAAUCUUUGUCAAGAAACUUGAUAUCAACAGUUUCCAGCAAUGGCCUGCAUGGCUUGAUGGCUUCAAGUCCUGCCCACACAGGGCUUACCGUGAAUAUUCCGCAGUGAUUAUCCACCUGUACGAGAGCAUGGUGAUCUCAAACCAAGAUACUUUGGGUCUAGAGGAAGAUGUCCAAACCGCCCAGAGAAGAGUCAUGCUGAAAACAGAGCAGUUAAAUUAUACUCUGAGAAAUGAGGCAUGGACUGCUCUCCAUGUGUUCUCUAGAGAUUACUGCAACACUGGUGUUUAUCAACUGCCCCUGUACCAUGGGGCUCCCAACCAGAUCAUCUUGCAUUCCUUAUCCCAAGGAAAAUGUAGCAACAUUAUGAUGAGCCUACUCCAUAAGGACAUGAUUAAAUUGGUGGAAGGUGCAUCUGUGCUUGUCCGUAUAGCUGAUGGACGGUGGGAUGGAGAUUUCAGAUUCACAAUAGAGGACAUUGAUCAAUCCUACAUUCCCAAGAAUGCUCUAGGUCUGUACUGUAAGGAACCCUCUGGAGGUAAAAUUGCAGAAUUAAUGCCACAAGAGACAUCGCAACAACUGGCAAAACAGCUCGUACUGGAACAAAUCUAGCACACUAAAAAGCUGUAAGAACUUUCCAUUAAACGUCAAAAGAUGCAUUGGCAAUUACUGCUACAGAAUAUUUUAUCAUGCUGUGGAAUGAAUGUAUCAGGCAGAACAUUUGUUUCUAAAGGAGAUUUGUUUCAUUGCCAAUACAUAUUAGGUAAACCUGGUGGUUUCAAAAUAUGUUUUUCAAGCAAUUAUCUUUAAGAAUUGUAUGUUUCAUUCCCCCCAAAAUGUAAUAAUCUAACCAAAUGUUAUGAAAUCACAUGGUUGACUAAGCCAGAUAAAUAUUGAAGGAAUUCUUA